UGCACUGGCGUCCAAUUGUUACCUAAACUUCCAAACAUUUCGUUCAAUCACAGUUGCUCGUCGGACUCGUUUUCUUUUUUAAAUAAUGCGCAGCGAUCAAAGUGUAAUAACCUACAUCGUGGCAGCGCAUAACGUUGCGAGACAACACGACGAGAUUACACGAAAACCAGCAGUAGCUGGUGGGCAAUCUCAACGAUAACCGGAAAUAUUGCGGAUGUGCUGUGUAGUCCAGGAUAUACAUUUUGAAUUUCAUGAGUUAAUGGGGCGUGAAUGGACUAUCUGGUCGACGGAAUUAGGCCACAGUGCGGCAUUAAUGAAUUCGAUGCGUUUUCAGAAUAACUUGAUUAGAUUUGAUGAUGUAAUAAAAAUUGUCUAGAACAAGUGCAAGUAAAAGUAACCUUUUUUUUUGUUUCAAGGUUUUUGUCAAAGGGUUAGGUAAGGUAAGCCGUGGGAAAAAGGGGCGUUUCUAAAAAGUGAACUGCAAAAGCGGAAAUUUUGAAGGUCAAUGAAACUGUUAACCUUUCGUCUGUUUAUCCUCUCAGGUCGAGUUCAUUACUUCAUUUCAGUUUCAACUGUCCUACGCGAAAGAUGUCUGUCCCAGAUAUUCCAGCUGUUUGCAUCCAAAGUCUCGUUUUCUUUGAUCUGGAGACCACCGGACUGCCCAGCGACCACCCGGCCAGGAUCACUGAAUUGAAUUUUUGUGGUGUCGAUCGAUCCCAGUUUAUCGGAUGCAUGGCCAAAAAAAUGCCCCGCGUCACCAAUCGUUUAAAUUUGUGCAUUGAUCCAUCCCGUCCGAUUGAUCCGGUGGCGACUGACAUGUCGAAACUUGAUAAUGCCAAUCUCGGCCAGCAGAGCAAAUUUGACGAAAAUGUGUACAACAUCAUCGUCAGUUUCCUUGACAGGCUUCAAAAGCCCAUCUGCUUGAUAGCUCAUAACGGUACGAAAUUCGAUUUCCCCAUCUUUAAUGCUGAAAUUGCUCAACUGGGAAAGGGAUUUCCACAAGAUGUUUACUGCGCAGAUUCUCUAGAAAUAUUCGGGCUAUUGCAAGGCAUUUCUACAGGACCCCCCAAAGCCAAGAAGAUGCGUAAAACGAAGGCUACUUCGCUAAAGCUGAACGAUAUUUAUCAAAGGAUCUACAAGAAGAAGCCGGAGACGCUCCAUGAAGCCGAAGCUGACGUCAAGAUGCUAUUCUUGUCGGCCAUUGCCACCCCGCAAGAAUUUUUAAAUUCGGUUGACCGUAAUGCAGUGCCACUGAAGAAAAUUCCAAAAUGCUGGUAACAAUUUCUUUCCAUGAUAUCGCAAAUUAAAGUGCUGAAAUGUGAGUUAAUUACCCAUUUGUGGUGUUGGAAAUUUUUCCUAGUUCGUGAUCAAGAAACACAGAACUGUCUUUUUAAAUUUGUGAACGUGACGUAAUGCGGUGCGUUGAAUUUUAAAUGCGAAUAAAAUUCAGACUUUUUGUUAAUUUGUCUUCCAGUCAUCUCGUGUUAGUUAAUAGAUUAAUCAUCUUACUAGUAGGUAACUAACUACAUUUGUGUCACCAUGUUGCGGCUGGACGUUUCUUUUAAAGGUAUAACUAAUAGUUCAACUUGACAUUUUUCGAUUAAUAGUCAUUCCAUAACUACAAAUUUCGCAGGUUAUAGUUGAUUCAUUGAGUUUCGGGGUACACAUCGGCAUAUUUGCACCUGCGUCUUUCUCAACACAGAAACCUUUAAGGACACACCAUGUGUACUAGUUUUGUUAACUUGUACUAUUUUCCAGUUGCCACACAGUCGUUGGCGUAACAACUUUUAAAAAUGCACUUAUGCAAAAUAUUUCUUACAUGUCUGACUGUAAUUUGUUUAGCUACGGAAAUCUUCAGCCAGAGAAUCGCGCUCAUUUGUGACGAUGAAAUGGACUCGCUCCGUCUCGGUCGCCAAACCUGUGCAUCCAUCAUUGAUGACACUGACUACUUCACUUGUUCAACCUCUACUAGCUUCACGGUUUUCCAGAUUUCGAAUGAUACAGAAAUGCUUCUCAUAUUAGAGAAAGUUCGUAAAUUUGACGGUGUAGUUGUAGCAGCUGCUAAGUGCCAAAUUUAUGAUUCCGUCGAGUCAUCAAUGAAGAAUUCACCAACAAUACCAUUGCUCAGUUUGCAUUUCUCACCGUGUCCAGCAGUUGCUGGAUCGCACACUGAGCGGCUUGACCUUUAUCGGUUGAAUGACACCAAUCGAGAUACUUGCGGCAGCUUUGCAUUGAGUGUGUGGCUGGAACAUCGCAUCUGUUCUUCGUUCAUGGACAACGACACGAUUCGUUUGCUGCUUGGCAAUAAUAUAACACUCGACGUGAGCAGAGAACUACAAGACUGCAGUGGCCUCAAUGAACUUCAGUGGAGACUUCAUCGACAGCCAGUCGCGUUCCAGGACAAAUUUACAUCCGAAAGUGCCGAAUGGCAUCGACAACUCAACGGAAAACAUUUGAGACUGACAACACUGGAGCGACCACCAUUUGUGGUUUUUGAACGCGACUUUAAUGGGGUAAUAACCGCGCACAAAGGAUACUGCUACGAAAUCAUUCACGCCGUGCAAAAGUUCUACAAUUUCACUUAUGAAGUUGUGUUCCCUGCUGACAAGACAUUCGGUAAAGAAUUGUCGAAUGGAAGUUGGGAUGGAAUGAUUGGAGAUAUUCUUGAGCAGAAUGCCGAUAUUGGUUUAGGCCCAUUUUCCGUCACGCACUCCCGCUACAAAGUCGUUGACUUUUCAGUGGGUUUCCACGAAGAAGCUACCACCAUACUGAUUCCUCCGCCGGCGGAAGAGAGUCGGCUUUUAGCUUGCACUAAACCCUUCCGUUCGGAGGUUUGGAUUGCAUUGAUACUUUUUGUAAUAGUGCUGCCAGCAAUCCUCUGGACAUACUUGAAGUUGUUACAAAUUCCUAACCAGGAAACAUCUUCCCCGACUCUGGCGAAUCAAUUCUUUUUCGUGCUAGGGGUUCUCAUCGGACAAUCCGGGCAGAGAGUCGUUUCAACUGGAUUUUGGUACCGUUUUCUUGGAGCCGUUUGGUGUUUAAGUGCUGUCGUAUUUGCAAGCGCUUACGUUGGAAUCCUCGUGUCUUUUUUGCGAUUCCCUAAAUUAACGCCAAUCAUUAACAAACUGGAAGACCUGCCUGAAUCUCAAUUGAAAUGGUCUGUGUUGCGCGGAACGGCUUUAGAAUCGCUUUUUACGGAAGCUACAACUGGAGUUUACAAGACCAUUGGAGACGGACUGCUGACGACUCGUGGGAGUGUAGUUGACACCGGAUUGAAUGGAAUUUACGGUGUCAUUAACGGUAGUUACGCAUACAUUGAGGAAAAAUCCUAUCUUGAGUCGGUCGUUGCGGAGGACUAUGAACGAGAGGGUACCUGUCGUCUUAGUCUCACCUACGAAGAUUUCUUCAAAGUUAAUUUAGCAUUCCCGUUACCGAAAGCCAGUCCUCUAAAACCACUAAUGGAUAAAAAGAUCAUGCAAAUUGCAGAAGCGGGGCUUGGGAACUAUUGGAAGAAAAAGUAUUGGCCGCAAUCAGGUGGUAAAUGUCCUGAUAUCACGCAAUCGAAUGCCGGACCCAAAAGUCUUCGCCUUUCAGACUUGCAAGGCGCUUUCCUCAUUCUAGCCAUGGGAUUUGUAUCAUCUUCCUUCAUCUUUUUAGCAGAGAGAUAUUUUAAUUAUUUUCGUCCAUGUCCACCCAAUCGCCCCGUUUCCUACAUUCGUUGAAGCUGACCCAUAUCGAGCUCGUUUGAUUGGUAUCUGCUGGAACCGAAAUUAGACUUCUUAACUAUUUAGUAGCUAAGACAACAAUGCGUCUAUAGAUGGGUAUUGUGCCAUACUUUUCAGAUAGUCGUCAAUCUUAUGCUGAUUUAUUUCACCUGGAAUUGUUUGAAGAAACUAUCGGAAUACAGUAAUCAUAAGUAGUCAAUAAAUCUGCUAACUGGCAGGUUUGCUAGUAUGUAGGUGUGUCGAUUUGGGUUUUGGCAAUAGUUCUUGAGCCUUCUUAAGCUUGAACUGCGGUUACUUGAGCCUAUACUAGGUAGAAUGGACAGGAGAAGAAAGAUUAAAAUUGAAAGCGUUAGACCCAGCAGCUAUUUUGUAAUUUUCAGACUGGCCAUUUUUCGAGUUUUUGUUUAUCUUUAUUAUCUACAAGUGGUUUAAUACAAAGUCACUCUUCA